CCAAAACCUCCUGGGUUUCUUCUAUCCACCUCUGUCCCGGCGCCAAUGGAAGCUGCUGCUGCUUCUCUCCUUGGCCCUCUUCCCCGAAACACCGCCGGCGGCAUCAGCUUCCCCGUGCUGUCGUCCAACAACCCGUGCCAUCAUGCCCAGCUCCACCACCCCUUCUCCAGCCUCCUCACCAUCAGCCUCACGCGAUGCACUUCUCGCCUCCCACCUUGCCGCGUCUCCCUGAAAGAGGACGAUGCCACGCCGCAGUGGCAGCUUGACUUCCUGGGGCCUGACCCUCAGCUGCGGUCCGACGAGGAGGAUGACCCGCUCCCCGCCGCGAGCAACGACUGGUGCGUCCGCGCGCGCCGUUCCGCGCUGCGCUCCAUCGAGGCAAGAGGCCUCUCGCCCGCGCUCGAGAGGAUGGUCACCCCGCCCAAGAAAAUCAAGAACAAGAAGAAAAAGAAGCAGAAGAAGAUUCUCAGCAAGAAGCCCCGCAAGGAAGACGAGCUGCUAGGUGAAGACGAGGUCGAUGGUGAUGUGGAGGAGAUCUUCUCCGUGGAAGACGACCUGGACCUCAGGGUCGCGCAGCUCGCAGACGGGGUGUUCGACGAAAAGCGCCAGAGGAACAGGGAGCACUUCAUCCAGACGCUCUCCAGCUUCUCGGCUGCGCCGUCCAACAGGAACAAGGAGGUUUCCCUCAACAGGGACAUCGUCCAGGCUCAGACCGCCGAGGAGGUGCUCGCGCUCACCGCGGAGGUCAUCGCAGCCGUCGCCAAAGGUCUCAGCCCAUCGCCGCUCACGGCACUCAACAUCGCCACUGCGCUCCACCGCAUUGCCAAGAACAUGGAGUCGGUGUCCAUGAUGCAGACCCACCGGCUCGCCUUCGCACGGCACAGGGACAUGUCCAUGCUUGUCGGGCUGGCAAUGUUGUCCCUCCCGGAGUGCUCGCCGCAGGGCAUCUCUAACAUCUCCUGGGCAUUGUCUAAGAUUGGAGGAGACUUGCUUUACUUGCCGGAGAUGGAUAGGAUUGCCGACGUGGCCAUUUCCAAGGUUGAAGAUUUUAACGCACAGAAUGUUGCCAAUAUCGCUGGAGCAUUUGCUUCCAUGCGCCAAUCAGCACCAGACCUUUUCUCUGCAUUGGCACAGAGAGCAGCACAAUUGGUGCACACAUUCAAGGAACAGGAGCUUGCUCAAUUCUUGUGGGGAUGUGCUUCUCUUAAUGAGUGCCCAUAUCCUUUGCUCGAUGCACUUGAUGCUGCUUUCCAGGAUGCUACCAGCUUCAGAUGUCAUGUAGACAUGCCGCAGAGCGGUGCCAAAGAAGUUUCGAGCGAAGAUUAUGGUAACAAUUCUCAUGCUCUCAACCUUAGUCGAGAUCAGCUUGGCAAUAUUGCUUGGUCCUAUGCAGUUCUUGGGCAACUGGACCGCCAGUUCUUCUCGCAUAUCUGGAGAACUCUGAGUCAAUACGAAGAGCAGCGAGUCUCUGAUCAGUAUAGGGAAGAUAUAAUGUUUUCAUCUCAGGUUUAUCUCGCAAAUCAAUCUUUGAAGCUUGAGUACCCACAUCUUGAUAUGGCCUUAAGAGGUGAUCUGGAAGAAAAAAUAGCAAAAGCGGUAAAAAGCAAACGGUUCAAUCAGAAGACAACCUCCUUAUUUCAGAAGGAUGUUGGCCGUCUUCUUUAUACUACUGGCCAUGAAUGGGUUAAAGAAUUUACAGUUGAUGGUUACACUGUUGAUGCGGCAUUAGUUGAUGAGAAGCUUGCUCUUGAGAUAGAUGGGACAACACACUUCUCAAGAAAUUUAGGCACACCACUAGGCCACACAUCAUUUAAAAGGCGGUACAUAACCGCUGCUGGAUGGAAACUAGUUCCCUUGUCUCACCAAGAGUGGGAGGAGCUUCAAGGUGAGUCCGAGCAAAUGGAGUAUUUGAGGAAAAUUUUGGGCAUCGAUGCAGAAUAAGUACAACAGCUGGACGUUUGACAACUUGAGCUCGGCCACAUUGAAGAAUGCCCAUGGAACCCCAUUUCCACUCAAGAAUUGGUUACCCAUCUUUCAGCUUUGCAGGAUACCAGUGUUUUACUGAGCACAACAUGCCACUUGAAGGAUUGGCAUGUCAACGGUGUGAUGAGAAAUAGUUAUGCGUCUUUUCUAGAAAGCAUC